AUGGUGCAAACAGCUCAGGGACGACGCUUUCCGCUGAGAAUAGCAGGAGGUGCCGUUGGAAGGUCUCCUGUAGGUGGCGCCAGCCGCUGCGAGGUCAUGAACGCCAAGGCCGCUUUGUGUCUGGAUGCCGGCGCGGCCUUGGCUCAGGCAGUGAUCCCACGAAAGGGUUUCAGAGGCCACCCUUGGAAGCAGAGCUUUCGGUUGCCUAGGCUGCAUCCCGGCUGCGAGCAUCCCGGGACUUGCAACCUGCGCGUGGGUGGCGGUGGUCGCGCUCCGCGGGGCUCGGCGGCUUGGCCUCCCGUGCACAUGGCGCGUCCAGGGCUCCGCAGAGGCCCGGGGGCGGCGGCCCUGACUGCGCUGGCGACGGUGCUGAGCGCCGCGGUGGCUGCGCCUUUGGCCAGGGACACCCGACCAUGUUUCCUGGAACAGCUGAAGGCUGAGUGUCAUUUCUCCAAUGGGACGGAGCGUGUGUGGACUGUGACCAGGUUCAUCUACAACCAGGAGGAGUUUGCUCACUUUGACAGUGACAUUGGGAAUUUCCAGGCAGUGACCGAGCUCGGACGGCCCAUCGCUGAAGACCUGAACAGACAGAAGGAUGUCCUGGACAGUUAUCGGGCCUCAGUGGACAGGUGCAGAAAUAACUACCAACUUGUUGACAUCUUAAUGUUAAAGAUGACAGUGCAGCCCAGGGUGACAGUGCACCCUGCCAAGACCCAGCCCGCGCAGCACCACAACCUGCUGGUCUGCUCCGUGGACGGGUUCUACCCCGGCGCCAUUGAAGUCAGCUGGUUCCUGAACGGCCACGAGGAGACGGCCGGGGUGGUGUCCACAGGCCUGAUCCGGAACGGAGACUGGACCUUCCAGACGCUGGUGAUGCUGGAGACGGUGCCUCAGAGAGGAGAGGUCUACACCUGCCGGGUGCAGCACCCGAGCCUGCCGAACCCCGUCUCUGUGGAGUGGAGGGCGCAGUCGGGGUCUGCACAGAGCAAGAUGCUGAGUGGAGUCGGGGGCAUCGUGCUGGGCCUGCUCUUCCUCGGGGCGGGGCUCUUCAUCCACUGCAGGAGCCCAAAAGGACAUCCUGGAGUUCCGCCCACAGGACUCCUGAGCUGAAGGUGACGACGCUGAAGGAAGGACUCUGACCUGGACGUCCACGCCAUGGAAGCCCUUCCUGCUGGGCCGUUCUUCCACUGGGACAGCGCCUUCCCGUGCCUGGCUCCCUCCUGGCUCUGGCCUCACCGACGCUGGGCUCCUGGAGGACGCUCAGCCCCAACCUCAACCUGGAAGCCGCAGUGCAGACGCAGCCCCUUCUCGUCAAUGUGACCGGGUCCCUUUCUAGGCGACCCUUACUGUCCAUGGUUCAUUUGAACCCGCCUGUGCCGCAGUGCUUACAUUUCCUCAAGUAAACAUGAAGUCACCUACCUUUU